AUGGAAAUACUGGCAUUAGUGGAAGACAUGGAAGUUCGAAGGAGACGAUUCCUAAUUGAUCCAGAGGUUCUUAUGAAACAAACAACCUCCGGCCAAAUGCUCUCCUACUGCAUUGAAAUUCAACAAUGGCUACCGAGUACGGAUUACAUGUGGGAUUUCUACGAAAUCGAAGGCACAAUAUCAAGUCGUAAUGUAUUCUUUCACCUGGUGGAUGCCUGA